CCUUUCUUCUUUAACACGCUUGAAGUCUCUUAUACCCUUUCUCGAGGCUUUUUGUACAUUACGAUAAUCUUCCUGUUUAACGAAUUCCCUCUAUCACACACAUCACAUCACACAUCAUGGCCCCCGCUGUCGGUAUCGAUUUGGGAACCACCUACUCCUGCGUGGGUGUCUUCCGUGAUGACCGUAUCGAAAUCAUCGCCAACGACCAGGGUAACCGCACCACCCCCUCUUUCGUGGCUUUCACCGACACCGAGCGUUUGAUCGGUGAUGCCGCCAAGAACCAGGUUGCCAUGAACCCUCACAACACCGUCUUCGAUGCUAAGCGUCUGAUCGGUCGUCGUUUCGCCGAUGCCGAGGUUCAGUCCGACAUGAAGCACUGGCCCUUCAAGGUCGUUGACGACAAGGCUGGCAAGCCCAUCGUCGAGGUUGAGUUCAAGGGCGAGACCAAGCAGUUCACCCCCGAGGAGAUCUCUUCCAUGAUCCUCACUAAGAUGCGUGAGACCGCUGAGGCCUACCUCGGUGGUACCGUCAACAACGCCGUCAUCACUGUCCCCGCCUACUUCAACGACUCCCAGCGUCAGGCCACCAAGGAUGCUGGUCUCAUCGCUGGCUUGAACGUUCUCCGUAUCAUCAACGAGCCCACCGCUGCUGCCAUCGCCUACGGUCUGGACAAGAAGACUGAGGGUGAGCGCAACGUCCUCAUCUUCGACCUGGGUGGUGGUACCUUCGAUGUCUCCCUCCUGACCAUCGAGGAGGGUAUCUUCGAGGUUAAGGCUACCGCUGGUGACACUCACCUGGGUGGUGAGGACUUCGAUAACCGCCUCGUUAACCACUUCGUCUCUGAGUUCAAGAGAAAACACAAGAAGGAUUUGACCACCAAUGCUCGUGCUCUCCGCCGUCUUCGCACUGCUUGCGAGCGUGCCAAGCGUACUCUCUCUUCCGCUGCCCAGACCUCCAUUGAGAUCGACUCUCUCUUCGAGGGUAUCGAUUUCUACACCUCCAUCACCCGUGCUCGUUUCGAGGAGCUCUGCCAGGACCUCUUCCGCUCCACCAUGGAGCCCGUUGAGCGUGUCCUCCGUGACGCCAAGAUCGACAAGGCCUCCGUCCACGAGAUCGUCCUCGUCGGUGGUUCCACCCGUAUUCCCAAGAUCCAGCGCCUUGUCUCCGACUUCUUCAACAAGGAGGCCAACAAGUCCAUCAACCCCGAUGAGGCCGUUGCCUACGGUGCUGCUGUCCAGGCUGCUAUCCUGUCUGGUGACACUUCCUCCAAGUCCACCAACGAGAUCCUCCUGCUCGACGUUGCCCCUCUCUCCCUCGGUAUCGAGACCGCUGGUGGUGUCAUGACUGCUCUCAUCAAGCGCAACACUACCAUCCCCACCAAGAAGUCCGAGACCUUCUCCACCUACUCCGACAACCAGCCCGGUGUCUUGAUCCAGGUUUACGAGGGUGAGCGUGCUCGCACCAAGGACAACAACCUGCUCGGCAAGUUCGAGCUUACCGGCAUCCCCCCCGCCCCCCGUGGUGUUCCCCAGAUUGAGGUCACCUUCGAUCUCGAUGCCAACGGUAUCAUGAACGUCUCUGCCAUCGAGAAGGGUACCGGUAAGACCAACAAGAUCACCAUCACCAACGACAAGGGUCGUCUCUCCAAGGAGGAGAUCGAGCGCAUGCUUUCGGAUGCCGAGAAGUUCAAGGCCGAGGAUGAGGCCGAGGCUUCCCGUAUCCAGGCUAAGAACGGUCUCGAGUCCUACGCCUACUCCCUCAAGAACACCCUCAGCGAGGGCAAGCUCACCAUCAGCGAUGCCGACAAGGAGAAGGUCACCGCCAAGAUCGACGAGACCAUCAGCUGGCUCGACUCCAACCAGACCGCUACCAAGGAGGAGUACGAGUCCCAGCAGAAGGAGCUUGAGGGUGUUGCCAACCCCAUCAUCUCCGCUGCCUACGGUGCCGCUGGUGGCGCUCCUGGCGGUGCCGCCCCCGGUGCCACCCGCACUGCUGACGACGUCGAGGAGGGCCCUGAGGAGCUUGACUAA